ACACUAUGUGGUCAGUAUCGCCUGGCUUUUCCACUGAGGGACCUUCACAUCCACAUGGCUUGUACUUGCCAACUCCUUAAACACACAACAAUUACAACUGUUACCUUUCUCUCCACUGAUUUCAGUUUGCAAGAACAAUGGAGCUUCAAUGCUUGCAGUCAUUCAUCACCAGCAAUAUAGCUCGAACUGGGUUAGUGGAAAAGCCAUUUUUGUGUGGGCAGCCUCUUACAUUGAUUCAGUCUAGUAGUACUAAGAGAUUCCUAAAUUCCAAGAACCUCAAGUCCCUUCGUGUCAGAGCUCAAACUUCAGCAAAAGCUAGCUCAUUGGAACCUCGAGGAACUGCAAAAGAUGUCAAAACAAAAGAUGGGAAUCUUGUUUUUGUUGCUGGUGCAACCGGUAAAGUUGGUUCUCGGACUGUAAGGGAGCUUUUGAAAUUAGGCUUUAAAGUUCGAGCGGGAGUUCGAAGUACUCAAAGAGCUCAACCUCUUGUCAAAAGUGUUGAGCAGAUAAAACUUGAGAAUGCUGCAGACGGUGGAGCAAAAGCUAUAGAGAAGCUUGAAAUUGUGGAAUGCGAUUUGGAAAAAAGUGAACAGAUUAGGCCUGCACUCGGCGAUGCAUCGAUUGUUAUAUGUUGCAUUGGUGCCAGUGAAAAGGAGAUCUUCGAUGUUACUGGACCAUAUCGAAUUGAUUACCAGGCCACUAAGAACCUUAUUGAUGCAGCAACCGUCGCAAAAGUUGACCACUUUAUCUUGCUCACAUCUUUGGGAACAAAUAAGGUCGGGUUUCCUGCAGCCAUUCUCAAUUUGUUUUGGGGAGUCCUCAUUUGGAAAAGGCAAGCAGAAGAGGCACUGCUUGCAAGUGGGCUUCCUUAUACUAUCGUGAGACCUGGAGGAAUGGAACGUCCAACUGAUUCUUACAAAGAAACUCAUAAUAUUACUCUUUCGGAGGAAGAUACUUUAUUUGGUGGUCAAGUGUCAAACCUUCAGGUGGCAGAACUAAUGGCAGUGAUGGCCAAAAACCGUAGCCUUUCAUACUGUAAAGUGGUUGAAGUAAUUGCAGAAACAACUGGACCAUUGACCCCCAUGGAGGACCUUCUUGCAAAAAUUCCUCCCCAACGUGUUGAGGUCUCCCCAACCAAGGAAACUGGUGACUUACAAAAGCCUGCAACUUCAAGCAGUAUUACAUCUGAGGUCUCUGAUACCUCCCUCGAGAAAAAACCUGCUGAAACAAAGUUGAAAGCAGCACCACCACUCUCUCCAUAUACUGCCUAUGAAGAUCUAAAGCCGCCAACAUUUCCUACUCCAACGCCAAGCAUAGGCACGGGUUCGACCAAAGAAGGCAAAGCAGGGUCAACAGUGACAGCAAAUGAUUCACCACCUUCUUCCGAAAUUAGUUCUUCGGAAAGCUCAAUCCCUGACACUGAUAGCAAAACUCAACAGAUAGACAAAAAGAAAACAGCUUCUUCCUCACCUUAUCCACUUUAUGCAGAUCUUAAACCGCCUACAUCUCCUAGUCCAAAUCCUCCCGGUGGUCGCCAAGUAGGUGCAAGCGGAGCAGAAGAUAUCAAACCCACUAAGGCGGUCCCUUCUGUUGUUGAUCAUACUUCUGACAAAGCAGAAUUACCGACUACAAGGCCUUUGUCUCCAUACACUGCUUAUGAAGAUUUAAAGCCCCCUACAUCUCCAAGUCCAGCACCGAGUGGUCCGAAAGCCUCAAUAUCAGCAGAAACCUCACCACAAAUUGCUGGAGGCAAUGACAUCUCGGCUACCAUUUCUACUGAGAAGGAUACCUCCCAUACUGUAGCUUAUUGUCUUUCUCCCUAUGCUGUUUAUGAAGAUUUAAAGCCACCUACAUCUCCAAGUCCAACACCGAGUGGUCCGAAAGCUUCAAUAUCAGCAGAAACCUCACCACAACUUGCUGGAGGCAAUGACAUCUCAGCUACCAUUUCCACUGAGAAGGAUCCUUCCCAUACUGUAGCUUAUUGUCUUUCUCCCUAUGCUGUUUAUGAAGAUUUAAAGCCACCAACCUCCCCAACUCCAACACCAAGUGGUCCAAAAGCCUCAACAACAGCGGAAGUUACAUCACCACUUACUGGAGGCGACGAUAUGGUAUGAGGACUUCAAGCCUCCAACUUCUCCAACACCAUCUUUCAAGUAAAUGUGAAGGGCUGGGAAUCUUGUUCUAUUUUGCUUCAAGAAUAAAUAACUAGUUGUAUCUCGGCAAGCCUAUCGCGUAAUGCAUCAACUCAGCAUUACAGUUGGAGCAAAUUUUUGAUGUCUUUAUUUUGUUUGUUCUCUUGUAUUUUAACUUGAUAGUGUCAACUUGCUUUCUGUCGACUGUUAAAUAUAUUAGCAUUGAGAUGCUAUUGUAUAAAAUGACUACAGAUUGAGUCA